GACAAUGUCAGUUAUUGUAGGAACACUUUUGGCUUCCAUUGUAAUAGCCCGUGGGAAAUAACUGUUUUAGCCAUGUAACCUAUAAACGAGCAAUCAGUAGAUAUAGGGAUUUUCACCGAAAAAAAUUGGAGCAGUGGAGAUGCGUUGGAUGGUGUUGAUAUGAGCAGGGUGUGUGUGUGCUCACACUGCUGUGGACCCCAUGCUCUUCAGGAGGCACAGAAGGGGGGUAAGCACACAGGACUGAAAGCCCGAUCCUCAGAGGGCUAUGGAACAGAGGAGGAGUGCCUCCUUUCAGACCCUCAAGGAGACAGUGAUGCCGAUGCUGAUAUCGAGGACACAGACAGCCGACUACAGGAGGGCCGUCCCCUCCAGCGAAUGAGCUUUCGGCGGCGGAGGCGGCAGCGAAUAGCACGGCAGGACACCACAGAGAGUGAGGAUGAUGGGGGGCGGAGCCACAGAGCCCACCGCUGGAGUCUCCGCCUCAGCCCCCACCGCACCCAAGACCGCACCAUCCUGGAGGAGAGUGUGUCUCAGGUCAGACCGUUGGUUUUGUGUCGGCCAUGUGGGGGGAUAGUACAGGGAUCUCCCGCUGAAGACGGCAGGAGGGCGUGGCACUGGGCGUGGCACUGGGCGUGGCACUGGGCGUGGCACUGGGCGUGCUCAUCGCCAAUUUGGCCCCUAUUGCAAUUGUUAAUUUUUAGCAUUUCAAUUGCUGUAUUUAUUUAUAUUUAUAAUUGUUUAUAGCUGUUCAUAAACCUAUUUCAUUACAUUUCUUAAAGCCUCUUAUUUUGAAGAAGGACAAUAAACGCAACUUGAAGAAACUUUUAAUUGACUGUAGUUUAAAGGAUAGAGCAGAGUUUGAUGAUUAAUGCAGUAUUUUGCAACAAUCUAUGGCGUAAUACGUGUAGCCUCAUAAAAUAUUGAAUUAAAGAAUUAGA